AUGGUGGUGGUAAGUAUCAGUCAUGAUAUCGAGACUCCAUUGGAGGCGAAGACACUGUGGAACGCCUUUGUGAAGGAUGGUCAUAAUCUCCUCCCAAAGCAAGCACCGGAGCUUUUUGCAAGCGUCACCUUCCUCCAAGGCGAAGGGGGUGUAGGCAGUAUCAAGCAAAUCAAUUUCACUCCUGCGAACAAGGAUUUCAGCUAUGGGAAAGAGGAAGUGGAGGAAGUGGAGGAAGAGAAGUUAUUGUACCGCUUCAGCCAUGUGGAAGGAGGACUUAUUGGAAAGAAAGUGUCAUCUGCCACAUACGAAUACAAAUACACCCCCAAAGCAGGAGGAGGGGGCAUUUGCAGCUCUGUUGUAGUCAAUUUUGAUAGCCUUCCAGGAGUUCCUGAGGACGAGGAGAAAGUGAAGGAGAUUAAGGAGAUUACAAACUCCCUUGUGUUCGCCAAGGGGCAAACUCCCUUGUGUUCGCCAAGGGGCAAACUCCCUUGUGUUCGCCAAGGGGCCUCAGUUUGA